UCCCCUUCCUUCCUACUCCUAGGCCCUUCAAAAAUUCUAAAAUUUUCUCUCUCUAGAAAAAAAAAAUUCCCUCUUUUUCUCUCUCUAAAAUCUCUCUACUUCAGAAUUGAGCUUUAAACGACAAAAUUUAACAUUUUAGAAAGAUGGGAUUAUCAAAUUUCCCAAGUCCAUCAGAAGGGGUUCUACCAGUGUUAGUGAUGAACACAGUAAUGUCAGUUGCGAUUCUGAAGAACUUACUGCGGUCAAUUCUUCAAUUGACAGGGGCGAUAAACUGGGGUUUUUCGAGUAAUUUGGAAGAAAAUCAAUCAUCACCAACAAACGAACCAAACAGAAUGAGGAGAUUGAGGGGUAUUUCAAUUACACAGUUCAAGUAUUUGUGUGCAGACAAGAGCAAGAAAAGUGACAGUAACAGUAAAAUUCACAGAGAUGGAAAUUCCAAAAUUGCCCUUGAAGGAGAGUGCUGUGUUUGUUUGUGUAAAUUUGAGGAUGAAGAAGAGGUGAGUGAAUUGUCAUGUAAGCAUUUCUUCCACAGAAAUUGCUUGGAAAAAUGGUUUGAUAAUCAUCACACUACUUGCCCACUUUGCAGAUCCAUCCACUAAAAUUCAAGCUCUAAUCUUUUUUUUCUUUUUCUUUUUUUUUUGUGGGGAUAAUUUAGGUUAUGGGGUGAUUGAGGUUGAGCACUUUUUUUUUAGGAGACUUUUUGAGGAGCCUUUUUCUUUGAAAUUUCUCUUUUUUUUAUUUUUUAUUUUUUUUUAGGAAGAGGGUUCCUUUGGUUUCUUGGAACCCUUCAUUUUUAUUUUCUUUUAUUUUCCAGCAAAGUAGAAAAAAACAUAAUGAAACUUUGCUGCUGUAGACUUGUAGUUGUGUUCUUGAGUGUUUGCCCAAAACACCAAUAACAUCAAAAAAAAAAAGAACAAA